UUUUUUUUUUCUUAAAUCCUCCUCUUUUUCUUGAUAUUCACUAAAGACAAGAGAGAAAUCUAAUUAAAUCAAACUAGAUUCUUAAAUACACUUUUUAAGGAAAAAAAAAAGCUUUUAUACCUUUUAUACUCUCUUUACUUUUUUCUAUAAACCAAAAAUUCCGCCUCGUUCAAAUAUAGUUAUUAUAUGGUUGGCAUGGACCGUCACCUAAAGCAAUCUGACAAUGAUAUUGAACAAACAGGAGUCUAUCAUGAAUACCAAACAGAGGAAGAACUUUUGCAUUCUAUGGGUUAUAAGCAAGAAAUGAAUAAGACUAUGUCUACCAUUUCUAAUUUUUCUAUUGCUUUCGGAUGUUGUUCUAUCCUCUCUGGCCUGACGCCUAUGUGGGGUGAUGCUAUGUUGGCUGGUGGAUCGGUGGCUGUCGUAUGGGGUUGGAUCCUUGUGUCCCUCUUUACAUUUGGUGUUGGUCUGUCGCUUGCUGAAAUUUGCUCGGCCUAUCCUAUCACAGGUGGUCUCUACAUUUGGGUCUCUAAGCUAUCUCCACCAGAAUAUGUGCCCAUCAUGUGUUGGCUAACCGGAUGGUGCAAUUGGCUUGGUCUGACUUUUGCCAUUACAUCUGCAGACCUUGGCCUUGCGCAAUUCAUUGCAUCUAUUGUCAACAUUAGUGAUCCAAACAAUAAUCCCAGUAUCUAUUGGCAAUACGGCAUUUUCCUUGUCAUUGCGUUUAUUCACGGUGUCAUUAAUUCAGUUAGCGUCAAAUACAAUGGCUUUUUCAAUCAAACAUCGCUGUACUGGCAUUUGAUUGGCACACUUCUUCUCAUCAUUGUCGCGCUUGUCUUGACGCCUAACAAAGCUAGUGGCAAAUGGGUUUUUACUUACUUUGACAACCAAACUGGCUUUUCAUCUAAUGGAUAUGCAUUCUUAAUUGGUCUUUUACAAUCACAGUAUACCUUGUCUGGUUUUGACAGUGCAGCACAUAUGUCAGAUGAGACUCGUGAUGCCGGACGCAGUGCACCUAGAGGAAUUCUUUACGCUAUUGGUACUGCUGCCAUCGUUGGAUUCAUUUUCCUUGUAUCUGUGAACUUUUGUGUUCAAGACUACCAAGCUCAAAUUGUCAAUACUGACAUCUCUCCAGCAAUGACCAAAAUCUUUUUGGAUGGUGUUGGAUACAAAUGGACGGUCGUCUUUACCACCAUCAUCAUGGGAGCCAUGUUCUUCUCUGGCUCGGCUCUCACGUUAGGCAGUUCACGUAUGGUCUAUGCCUUUGCUCGUGAUGGCGCCACUCCAUUUUCAAAAUAUCUUGCCACAGUCAACAAGAAGACGAUGACACCUAUCUAUGCUGUGUGGUUCAACGUGAUCUUUGCUAUUAUUGUAGGUCUAUUGUACAUCAUUAACGAAACAGCCUUCAAUGCUAUUGUCUCAGUAAAUACUAUUGCCUCCUCUAUGGCUUACUUUAUUCCCAUAGCACUCAAGCUCACUGUGGCCCGCAAGGCGUUCAAACAUGGCCCAUUCCACCUGGGUCCCUUUUCUGACGCGAUCAAUGUAGUCAGUCUUUGCUGGAUCUUACUCACCUCCGUUCUUUUUGUUUGUCCAACCGAAUACCCUGUUACGCCUUCCAACAUGAAUUAUGCAAUUGUCGUUUUCUGUGGUGUCAUUGGCGCCUCCAUUGCGUACUAUCAAUUCCGUGCUCGACACUGGUUCCAUGGUCCUGGUAAAAGCAUGGAGCCCGAUCCCAUAUUGGACGGCAUCCCUAUUGAUACUGGAGACUAUACCAAAAAGGCAUCAUCUGAUGACACAGACUCUAGUCAAAGUGAUGGUAAAGCAAAUAACAAGUACAAUGUGAAUGAAGUUGAAAAUGCUUAAUUUAUGUAAAUAUAUUAACUAUAAUUAUAUUAUUAUUAAAACAAUAUAAAUUUAUUAUUAAUGCA